CUUCAGCCUUUUGGUGAAGUCCAUAGAGAUCAAUCAGGAACCAAUCCUGACCUUUGAUCUAUAUCUGCUGUUGCUCUCGAAAUGACCAAACUGACCUUGUCCCUUUACCAUCACCUUCUUUGAGCUGCUGCCGCUGCUGCUGCUAGCAAUUCCACCCACAAGCUCUGGUUUCUCUCAAAACCCAGUUGUAGAAACAGUAAGUUCUGUCUUCUUUCAAUGGAAAAGUGCAAAGAGGGUAUUUUUCCUUCAAUUACUUCAGCUUAUGGUUUUGAAAGAUGCUCUCUUAGCUUUUGUUUUUGAACUUGACCUUUGAUUCAAGGAAUUGUUACUGAUCUGGUGGUGCUUAAAUAGGUAUCAGUGUUGGUUUCACUUCUGGAAGUCAUCUUUGAUUCCAUUUGCUUUGUGGGUUAGUUUUCACUUCUUUGAUUCAUCUAUGGUCACAGUAACAUUGAAGCUGUUUAUGGGUUACUAAAGAAAGAUGAUUCAGAUGGUAGAUGGUUUCAACCCAGGUGCAUUUCCUUUUUCCACGAGGUUUUUCAGUUUCGGCAAUGGAAUAAUAAAGCGUCACUGUAGAUUCUGGAUCUUUCCACCUUUCAAUGGGAUUAUUGCUGUUGCGUCAUUUUUAUCAUUUCUUUUAGCCAUAUCAUGUGCAUAUUUGUUUCUAUUCCCCAGAUUUCAGCCAGAUAUUCUUAGUUAUGAGAUUCCUGAGUCCAAUGGUUCAAUUAGUGCGUGCAAUUUUUUUAGAGGAAGUUGGAUCAAGGAUGAAAGUUACCCUCUAUAUAAUGCCUCACAAUGUCCUUUUGCUGAGGGUGGAUUUAAUUGCUUGGCUAAUGGGAGGAGAGAUAGAGGUUAUACAAAAUGGAGAUGGAAGCCAAAGAAUUGUGACAUCCCAAGAUUUAAUGUGCAUCAAAUUCUUGAAAAGCUGCGUGGCAAACGGAUUGUUUUUGUUGGUGAUUCAUUGAGUAGAACACAAUGGGAGUCUUUGAUAUGUAUGCUCAUGACUGGUGUGGAGGAUAAGAGGAGUGUUUAUGAAGUCAAUGGGAAUAAGAUCACUAAGCAAAUUAGAUUUUUAGGUGUAAGGUUUAGUUCAUAUAAUUUAAGAAUUGACUUUUACCGAUCAGUUUUCCUGGUGCAACCUGGUUCGACACCAAGGCGUGCGCCUAAGAGGGUUAAAUCAACACUUAAACUUGACAAGUUGGAUGAUAUUAGCAAUGAGUGGGUUGAUUCUGACGUGCUAAUAUUUAAUUCUGGACACUGGUGGAACCCAAGUAAACUUUUCGAAAUGGGCUGUUACUUUCAGAUCAAUGGAUCCCUGAAGCUUGGAAUGCCUAUAACUACUGCCUUCAAAACAGCAUUAAACACAUGGGCAUCCUGGGCUGAGACUACCAUCAAUACAAAUAAAACUAGUGUAUUCUUCCGGACCUUUGAAUCUUCCCAUUGGAGUGGCCGGAACCGUCUUUCUUGCAAAGUGACACGGCGGCCUUCAACAAAAACUGGAGGGAGAGACAGGAGCCCAGUUUCAGACAUAAUAAUGAAAGCUGUGAAGAAAAUGUCAGUUCCUGUAACAGUUCUACAUGUGACACCGAUGGGGGCAUUCCGGAGUGAUGCACAUGUAGGAACCUGGAGUGACAAUCCAUCUGUGCCUGAUUGCGGCCACUGGUGUCUCCCCGGAGUACCUGAUAUGUGGAAUGAAAUUUUCUUGUCAUAUCUGAUGUCCAAGAAUGAGCUCUCUGUUUCUUAAGAAGGAAGUCGCAAGUUUCCUUCUUAUUGUCCGCCCUCCGGUCCGACAUGUCUGAAUCCCUCUAGCUUUUCUUCACCUAAUUUUGGCUCAUACAAGAUUUACAGGACAGAAAAGCUCACCUGUGCAAUUUGGAUCCUAGAAUACUUCUUACAUAUAUUCUCCUUGUUAUCAUUGUUGUCAGCACUACGAAUUGUCCUUCACAUUGUUUUUUAUGCAAACAAAUGCAGAAAAGAACAUAAGAAUAAAAUUAAAUUAUUUCUCA